GCACCGUCUACUUCCCUUCCCGAUAGAGCUCCUCCUCCGCAAGCCGCAGUUCCUCGAGCACACCUAGGGUUUCUCCAGCCAUCGUCGAUUCUGCAUAAACAGACUUCGCGAAACCGUGAAUCAGCACUCCCCGGUGGUGGUCGCGAAACUACUCCGGCGAGCCCGUCAAUUCCGCACGAUCGACGUUAAUUUUCAAGGAUCCCUUCGCCGGUGGUCGCCACGUCUGAGCUGUGCCUGGGGACCACGCUAAUUGCAGAGGAAGCUCCUAUGGCGAACUCCAAGACAGAGACGAGCACCGGCAAUACAUUAAGGGGUGAGUACCAGGUGUUCCUGAGUUUCAGAGGGCCCGAUACUCGCCGCGGAUUUACCGAUGUCCUCUACCACAACUUAAGAGAGGCUGGGAUUCACGUUUUGAUCGACGACGAAGAGUUUCGACAGGGCGAAAGAAUUAGUGGCAACCUUCUGCGAGCGAUCGAUGACUCCAGGCUCUACAUACCCAUCUUCUCCCCAAACUACGCUUCGAGUCACUGGUGCCUCCGCGAGGUUGCAAAGAUGGUGCAGAACACCUCUGAAUCUAGAAGAGAAGAUGGGAAUGAGAAGGUGAUAUUGCCCAUCUUCUAUGACGUGAAACCUGAUGAUGUCAAGCUAAAAACGAAGUUGUACAAAAAUGCCAUACUGAAGUUGGAGCAACAGAAGGAGAUUCAGAAGAAGUUCAGCUCCGGGGAUGUAGAGACGUGGCGGGCGGCUCUCAGAAGAGUUGGUGGCAUCAGUGGGUUCGACCUGCAAAAUUAUUCAGGCGAUGGGCAUCUAAGCGAGAUGGUUGUUGACGAGGUUGUGAAUAGGCUCCGGACAAGACAAAGAAGAGUGACCGAAGAUUUAGUCGGUAUGGAUGAUCGAAUAGCAGCCAUAAAUAAUUUAUUAGACAUCAACUCCGGUGGUGUGCGGCUUAUUGGAAUCUACGGGAUGGGUGGCAUCGGUAAAACAACACUUGCCAAAAAAAUCUUCAACCAAUUGCUUCCUCGCUUUGGAAAAAACUGCAGCUUUCUUGACGAUGUAAGUGAAACAGCAAAAACCCAGGGCUUAGUCAUGCUGCAACAACAACUCUUGUCUGAUAUCUCUAAUUCUAGAGGGGUUCGCAACAUUGGUAACAGCGAUCAUGGGAUCAAUACGAUUGGAGAAACAAUUUGCAACAAGGAGGUACUAAUUGUUUUGGAUGGUGUCGAUGAUGGCAACCAAAUCCAAGGACUAAUUGGAAUGAAUUCUUUGUAUCCUGUUACUAGGAUAUUUGUUACCACUAGGGACAAAAGGGUUCUGAAUAUCAGGGGAUUUAAGUAUGAAAUCGUGUCCUACGAAAUGGAGGGGUUGAGCAACAAAGACGCUCUUCAACUUUUUAGUAGGCAUGCCUUCAAUGACAACUCUCCUCCCCCGGAUUACUACACUCUUUCGAAAGAAAUUGUCUUUACCGCAGGUGGCCUACCUUUAGCUCUUCAAGCAAUAGGUUCAUCGCUUUUUGGUCAGGAAGACAAACAAAUAUGGAAAGAGAUGCUAGAGGAGCUAAGGAAAAAACCUCAUGAUGAUGUCUUGGGAAAGCUAAGGAUUACCUAUAAUGCCCUGAAAUCGGCUCAACAACAGAUAUUUCUCGAUGUUGCAUGCUUUUUCAUCGGUCUGGAUAAGACCAAUCCAAUCUACGUUUGGAAAGAUUGUGGGUUUAGUCCAAAUUCUGCAAUUGAUGUCCUUAUUAAAAGGUGCAUGAUAAAGAUUUUAGACGACAAUAAAUUUUGGAUGCAUGACCAAUUUAGAGAUCUUGGAAGAGCAAUUGCUAAGGAAGAGCAUACCAGGUUGUGGGAUACAAGCGACAUCACUCGCGAAUUAAGAUCAAAAGAGAUCCAGCCAAGCGUUCAAGCAAUCUGUUUGCCAGAGAACUUCCGGAACCAUAUAACUGUCACUGCGGAGCAAAUUAAACGGUUCCCUCAUCUACAGUUUCUUUGGUUGCGUAACGUAAUCUGGCAAGGCGACUUUGCGGGCUGUCUUUCCGAGUUGAAAUGGAUCGAUUUGUGUUCCUUUAAACUUGAUCGACAGUUUAUGGCAACCAAUUUGCAUCUAAAAAGCGUGGUUGUGAUGUAUAUUUUUGGCAAUGAGUGGACAACGGAUGCGUUCAGUAGCCUAAUCAAGGGGGCAAGGAAAUUGCGGGUUCUCAGUCUUGAACGUUGUUGGUCGUUGCAUAGGACACCAACUUUUUCCAAAAAUUCAGUUUUAGAGAAGUUGACUAUUUCUCGUUGUCCAUCUUUGAAAAAAAUUAACCGCUCUAUUGGGAAAUUAAAGUUGUUGACUGACUUGAAUGUUGAGGAUUGUGGGAAACUGAAAAAUUUGCCAGAACAAAUUGGCAAAUUAGAGAAUCUUCAGCUCCUCGAUCUUAGGCGAUGUGCUAGCUUGAAGGAACUCCCCAACUCAGUUUUGAAUUUAGGGUCGUUGACGAAGCUGAAUGUGUCAGCCACGGGCAUUAGAAGAUUACCAGAUUGCAUUGGUAGACUACAAGGCCUGUCCUCUCUCAAUGUAUCAUGCACAGAAAUAGUGAAAUUGCCUGGGACAAUGAGCGAGCUUCGUCGCCUCCAAACACUGGACUUAGAGCUUUGUUAUCGGAUCCAAGAGUUGCCGAAGCUACCCGAAAGUUUGACUACUUUACAACUUACAUCUCGUUCGUUGCAGACUGUCCCUGACCUCUCAAACCUUACUAAUCUAGUUGAACUGGUCCUGUCCGAUGCCUCUGAAUUUUUUAUCCAUUCAUAUAAAAGUCAAUCUUGCGAUUUGCCGUGGAUUGGGAGGCUAUCCAAACGGUGGAAGCAGGAUUUUUCCUUUGUGAUUGACCACGUACAUUUUACUCUCUGUGGACGAGACUUGCUACUGAAACGACUUCCAUCAAACUUGAGAGUUCUAGUGCUCAAUAACACUCAAGUGAGACUAGUAGAACUCGAUGGGCUUCCUGAGUUGGAAAAGUUGACUAUCAGAAGUUGUGAACUCGUCACAAGAAUAUCCAUUACAUCAAGUUUGAGAAAACUGAGAGAAGCCAAUGUGGAUUCUUGCAACAAGCUACUUGAAGUUCAAUUUCUCGGUGUCUUAACAUCGAUGAAGAGCUUAUCUAUUACUGGAUGCAAAUCUUUGGAGAAGUUGGUUUGUCUGUUGAAGGCGCCAGUGUGCAAUGAGCUACAAGCUCCUGAGCUGACUGAUGGUAGGAGGAGAGUGUCCCUGAUCUCAAGUUCCCUCAAGAUGCUUCAAGAACUCGAUCUGCAUGGGUGCCCAGAGCUACAGGAGAUUCAAUUUGUUUCAACGUUGGAAGCAUUGGUAAAAUUUUCUGUUCAAGAUUGCAUUUCGUUAGAAAGCCUAGGCGGUUUGUCAAACUUGAAGAAUUUGAGGACUUUAAAUAUUGGAUGGUGCGAGAGCCUGCAGGAUGUCGAUGGUAUUGAAAAAUUAGAGUUUUUGUGUCAGCUGACAGUUUGUGAGUGCAUAUCAAUUGAAAGGAUUAUUGAUGCAUCAAGCUCAAAAAUAGCAAAUGAAUGCUGGAUAGUUGUAGUGCGUUGUCGGGGGUUUGAGUCGGUUGACCGUUGGGUUGGGGCUCGUUCCUUCACUGUGGGGGAUUACAGAAAGAAGACUCUGAAUGAACCAACAAGAGAGUCGUGCUAUGAAAUUACAUACUUUGAUACGGUAAUAGGUUCUGAAACAGAAAUGGGGAAUCCUCUGUUCAAAGUGGUGCUCUGUUCGAAAAGGUCCGAUAGAGGGGAAAUUGCAAAAGGUCUCACGAAGUGUGGUCGCUGUCUCAAAAAAGUUGUUAGGAGGUGUUUUUCUCAAUGAAGUAGGCGAGCAAUUCACUCCCAGCUCACCAGCAGUUCGCAUCUUUUGGCGAGCAAUUCACUCCCAGCUCACCAGCAGUUCGUAUCUUUUGUCAAUCGGCGAGCUCUUGCAUCUCACAUAUGCCAUUUUCCGUAUAAAAAAUGAAAGCUUGGUUCUUCGAGUCAUCACCAGCUGAGCUAGGGUCGUUUGCUUCACUCGACUGGAAAUGGAGGAUCGACAGUGUAGCGUGGAGGGAGGGCAGUGAUGAGAACGACGUGGAUCGAAGCUAUAACCCUGCGAGGCGAUUGCAUGCAUGUCCAAAACCUGGGUUGGACUUCUGAUUUGUUAAAUUUUUGGGUUUUCACAUUUGAAAUUUGGUGUUUAUGUUUGGGUGUGAACUUUUCGAGAGAUUAUCCGUUACAUCGAGUUUGAGUAAACUGAGAGAAGCGAGGUGUCUUCUUGCACAGAGCUAAUUGAAGUUUAAUUUCUCGGUGUUUUAAAAUUGACGGA